AUGACCAAGCCUGGAUUCGUGGCAUUGACAUAUACGCUUGAUAAACGGUACAAUAUACCCUCCCGUACAUACUUCAGUCAGACUGCCAUACCGGAGCUGUACAAAAAGUGUAAAGAGAAAGUCGCCGCGGAGGUUAAAACGGUGGAGUUUUUUGCUAGCACUACAGAUAUGUGGUCAAGCCGCACAGCUGAGCCUUACCAGAGUCUUACAGUCCAUCUUAUUGAUGAAGAUUUCAACCUCAGAGCUCGCUGCCUACAAACUACCUACUUCCCAGACGACCACACAGGGGAAAAUAUUGCAGCCGGCCUGAGAGAAGGGCUUGCCAGCUGGGAUCUCCACGAGGAGAAUCACGUCUGCAUCACGACGGACAACGCGUCAAAUAUGGUUCUGGCUGCGCGGCUUAAUGAAUGGACGAGGCUCCAGUGUUUUGGGCACAGAUUACAUCUUGCCAUUGAAAAUGCACUCAAAGAUGACAGAGUGUCAAGGGCAACAGCACUGUGCAGGAAGCUGGUGGGACACUUUUCCCACAGUUGGAAGAAGAAGGCAGCACUGAUGGAGGCACAGAGGGAGCUCAAACUCCCUGAGCACAACCUCAUAACGGAGUGCCCAACAAGAUGGGGAUCUAAAGAAAUGAUGAUUGCUAGAGUGCUUGAACAGGCCAAAGCCAUUUCUCAGGUAUUGUCUGGAGAUCGAUAUGCACGCUCCCUCAUCCCAACCUGGCAAGAUAUUGAUGUGUUGGAGUCGAUUCACAAGGCACUGCAUCCUCUACUGGAAUUUACUGAUGCUCUUUCUGGAGAGGAGUAUGUGAGCAUCUCCUACCUCAAGCCAGUUCUUCACCUUUUUGCCACAUCAGUCCUGGCUGAAGAUGCUGAGGACACUGACCUGACUAAAUCAAUAAAAACCAAAGUCCUAGCAUACCUCAAUAAUAAAUAUGGAGACCCAAACAUCCAGGAGCUUUUGGAUGUUGCCUGUUUCCUGGACCCUAGGUUCAAAAUACAGUACAUCAGUACUGACAACAUCCCUGCUAUCAAGACCCGACUGAAGACAGAGAUGGUAGACUUAGCACAGCGUACAUAUCAUCGGGAGAAGAGGUCUCGUACUGAAACUGUUCAGAUGCCUCAAAGUGCACAGCCCUUGGGGGAAAAGGCGAAGAGGUCUCUUGGCAGUUUUUUCAAGACCAGUGCAGCCUCUCCUUCUUUGCCUGUUGAAGAUGUCGCAGAGGCAGAGUUAAACAAUUACCUGAUGACUCCUACCAUUGAUGGAGAAGAUGAUCCCUUGGCUUGGUGGAGGGUGCACAAGAUCAGCUACCCACAGUUGUGCAUCAUGGCCCGCAAGUAUCUUUGUGUACCUGCCACAAGCGCUCCCUCAGAGCGUCUUUUUAGCACAGGAGGGAAUAUUGUGACUUGCACUCGCUCAUCCUUGAAGCCAGCAAAAGUCAAUAUUCUGGUUUUCUUAGCAAAAAACCUGUGAGCCACUGAGAACAAAACUGUUGGAUCAUUAUAGCUGGCAGUGCCAUACUCGUAGUGAACUUUAGUCUGUGUGGUGUGUUAUUGUUGUGUACUUGAUAAGUGAGGUUGAUCUAUUCCAAAUUAUAAUAUUCAAAUAGUUUUUGUCUAAUUUAAAAGUGCAUUUCUCCAUUUUUUUAUUUAUAACUUUAUUUAUUUUGAUUUUACUAAAUAUUUUCAAAGCAAAUGCUGUUGCAGUUGUGUGAAAUGUUACUGACUUUGGAGCAGUAAGAUAAUUAUUAUUUUUAAUUAUUUUUUUCUUCAGACUGUAAAUUUUGCACACAGUGUUUACAAAGUGCGCAUACCUUUGUUUAAAUUAUUGAAAUGCACAGUGGCAAAGCCAUAGAUGUUUCUGCAACGAGCAGUUCAAUAAAAAUGUCAUUUAUUUCAAGUCAUACAUGUUUUAAUUUAAUUAUAACAAAUAGGCCCAGCCUAUGGGAAAGAACAUUUCACACUAAAUGCAUCUAAUAUUGUGUUGGUCAUAUUUAAAUAAUUCAUUACGUUUUGUUGGGGAAAAAAGAGGAUAAAAAAAUCUUUACAAAACAAAUCGCAUAUUAAAUCGCAAUCGCAAUAUUGGGGAAAAAAAUCGCAAUUAGAUUAUUUUCCCAAAUCGUUCAGC